AUGAUAAAAUUACCCAAAAAAGGUAAACUUGAACAAAGUCAAGAUGAAGAAGUCUUCUUGGAAAAUUUAGCUGUGCAAAGAAAUGCUUCUGCCUUUUUUGAAAAAUUUGAUCGGAUUGAGGUGCAAGAGUUGCUAACUACUACUUUACUUAACUGGUUGACUACCAAAGAAGACGUCCACUCUCCAUUUGACAUGCCAUGUGGGAUCAUGAGUCAAAUAAAUAAUGCAAGCUUCACCACUGCGAUCUUGCUGACUCCUGUGGACUCCACAGCCCUCUUAGACUACAGAGAAGUCCAUCAAAUCAUAAGGGAGCUGGCUAUUGGGAUUUAUUGCUUAAAUCAAAUUCCUUCUAUCAGUUUGGAAGCUAAUUAUGAUCAGAGUUCUUCUUGCCAAUUACCUCCAGCUUAUUAUGAUACCAGAAUUGGCCAAAUCCUCAUCUGUAUUGACUAUAUGCUGAAAGCACUAUGGCAUGGACUAUACAUGCCUAAAGAAAAGCGAGCCCGGUUCUCUGAAUUGUGGCGUACCAUCUUGGACAUUGAUCCGGAUGGGAAGCCUCAAACCAAUAGAAAUAUUUUUGGAGAGUUUCAUUCAUCUGGUUUGAUUGAUAUUACAAAGGAUCCGGACUUUGAUGGAAUCUAUGACAAUGACAUGAAUGAAGACCCAACUUAUUUUCCCAAUAGCCCUGAAGAAAAAGCUGUGUUUAUGAAAUAUGCUGAAAAUAUUUUAUUGAAGAUGACAUUUAGUACUACACAAAUUCAACAACAUGAAAAUAUUUUUAUAUUUGAAACAGCCUAUUGGCUUACAAAUUCAAUCAAAUAUAAUCAGGAGUAUCUUGAUAUUUGUACCUACCAGAGAAUACAACAAAGGUUAAAUCUUCAAAAAAAGAUUAUUCAAAAUAAUUUAGAAAAAAAAGCAGAAAUCAGAAGAGGUCUAGGAUAUCUAAAGUUAAUAUGUUUUCUGAUUCCACUUCUGCUUAGUCUAAAAAGGAAAAUGAAAGUUCCAUAUUUAAAUAGUCUGCUUCACCCUUUUUCAGAUGACAAAGUCAAGACAGAGCGAGAAUUGCCUCCAUUUAUUUAUGGACGGGAUUUUAAAUGCCAGCAUUUUGACUACAAAGAGAAUCAGUAUUUUCAUGUUCAUGGAGGAAUUGAAUUUGAUGUCAGCACUCCUUCCGUUGAAAAUGUUUUAGAAGAUUUUAAGAAGAAUGUAGGAAAGAUACGGGAUUGUGCUGCUAGUUCAUUUGCAGAGGAUUCAGGAUAUAAAGAAUAUUACUCAAUACCAGUCUUGGAAUUUCAAGGGAAAAGCUAUUAUGUUAUCUGUUUUGAACUGGAAACUUUCUAUCAGAAAAUGUAUAAGACAGAGUGGUGGGGAGCCAUAAAUGAAAUUGUGAAUAGUCUGAGACUGAAAAGAUUCCCGCUGUCAGAUGCUCAAGUACAUGAACAAUUCAAGAAAAAAUUUGGUGUCAAAAAAGCCAUAAAAUGCAAGAAUAUACCGUUUGGUAUGAAGUCCGCUGUUGAAAGAGGAUUAUCUGCUGUUUUCCAUACACUUAGCCGUAAAACCUCAAGUUCAACUAUCAAUAUUUCAGAUGAGACAGGUCAUACUCUCUUCCAUCAUGCUGCGCUACACAACAGGGUUACUAUUGUAAGUCAGCUGUGCAAUUCCAACUUCAACAUUAACCAGAGAUGCUUUAAUAUGUCUACCCAAGGUCUGACACCGCUACACCUGGCUGCUCAGGCAGGCUCACUGGAAACAGCCCUCUGUCUCCUCAGUUUCAGAGCUGAUUACACACUUUCUGAAAAAAAAGGCUGGUUGCCAAUUCACUUUGCAGCCUUCUAUGACAAGAUUUGCAUCGUCAUCGUGCUCUAUAGGAAGGACCCUACCUUGAUAGAAGCUGAGGCAACUGCUGAGAAUCAGUGCACACCAUUGUUACUUGCUGCCACUUCAGGGGCAUUGGACACCAUUCAGUAUCUAUUUUCUCUUGGUGCAAACUGGAGAAAAACAGAUAACAAAGGAAAUAAUAUAAUACAUUUAUCAGUGCUGACCUUUCACACAGAGGUUCUUAAAUAUUUAAUAACGCUGAAUUUUCCUGAGCUCCCAGUUUGGAAAACUUUAGUAGAAAUGUUGCAGUGUGAAAGCUACAAACGAAGGAUGAUGGCUGUCAUGUCCUUAGAAGUAAUUUGCUUAGCAACUGAGACAUACUGGAAAUUUAUUUUGGAUGCAGGCACCAUUUCUGCCUUAAUCAACAUAUUAAAAAUUCCCAGAAUAAAAUUGCAGUGCAAAACAGUUGGGUUGCUGAGUAAUAUUUCAACCCAUGAAAGUGUGGUGCAAGCCAUAGUAGAUGCGGGAGGCAUUCCAGCUCUGAUCAAUCUACUGGACUCCGAUGAACCUGAACUACAGUCUCGUUGUGCUGUCAUUCUUUAUGAUAUCGCCAAAUUUGAAAAUAAGGAUGUUAUCGCCCAAUAUAAUGGAAUCCCAAGUCUGAUAAAUCUUUUGAAACUCAACAUAGAAAAUGUGCUAAUCAAUGUAAUGAACUGUAUACAGGUACUGUGCAUGGGAAAUAAAAAUAACCAAAGAGCAGUAAGAGACCAUAAAGGCAUCCCAUAUCUUAUCUCAUUUCUGAGCUCUAAUUCAGAUGCACUGAGAGCUGUUGCCUCUGCCACCAUCGCCGAGGUUGCACGUGACAAUAAGGAAAUUCAGAACUCCCUGGCUGCGGAAGGAGUUAUUCCUCCACUCAUUGCUAUUUUUAAAGGAAACCACCUCAGUGUCCAGGUGAAGGGAGCUCUGGCUGUGGAGUCACUGGCAAGUUUCAACUCUCGUUUACAGAGAGCGUUUUUGGAAAAUUCAUUAACUAAAUAUCUCUUAAAACUCCUCAAGGUAUUUCAAAUAGAUGCUAAGGAACAAGGCGCUGUGGCACUAUGGGCCUUGGCAGGACAAACACUGAAACAACAAAAAUUUAUGGCCGAACAGAUUGGAUACAACUUCAUAAUAAAUAUGCUCUUGUCACCAUCAGCAAAAAUGCAGUAUGUUGGAGGUGAAGCAGUCAUAGCUCUAAGUAAGGAUAGCAGGUUGCACCAGAAUCAAAUAUGUGAAGGGAAUGGAAUUGCUCCACUGGUUCGCUUACUACGGAUUAGUAAAAUUGCUGAAGGCACACUUCUGAGUGUCGUUAAAGCAGUGGGAUCCAUUUGUAUUGGUGUUGCUCAUACAAGCAAUCCUAUUAGUCAGCAAUAUGUUGUAGAUGAAAAUGCUCUGCCAGUACUUAUUCAACUGCUGAGAAAUCACCCUUCUCCUUACAUUAAGGUUGAAGUAGCAUUUUCCUUGGCAUGCAUUGUUCUAAAGAAUGAUAAGUUACAAAAAGUGUUGCAAAAAAGUGAAGGAUUUGAGUAUACUGAUGUCCUUUAUCUUCUUCAUUCACCAGAAAAGGAUGUUCGUUUAAGGGCAGCUUAUGCAUUAACACUUUUUGCCUACAAUAAUCGCUUUCAACAAUUCUUGAUAUUGGAAAGUGGAAUGAUAACCAUAUCAAUUUUUGAACCUUUUCUUGGAUCAAUAGAGGAAACUGAGAGGGCAAUGGCAGCAUUUCAGAUUAUUAUAUUGGGUAAAGUCAUAAUAGAUGUGGACCAUGUUGCUUUGUCUGCAAGAGGAGUUACUAUUUUAGUUGAAAGCCUUUAUUCAGUUCAACCCAAUACUAUUAUGUUGACAGGAAAUUUAAUAGCUAGCCUGGCUCAUUCUAGACCGGGUAUUCCGGAAGCAUUUGCUACAUUAGGAACAAUCCAACGUCUCUGUUAUCAUUUGUACUCAGGAAUAGAUGAGGUUCGCACAGCUUGCUCCUGUGCUCUUGGCUACCUAAGUUACAAUGCAACUGCUUUCCGAAUCAUAUUAAAGGAAUGCAGGAAUAAACCCAAUCAGUUCCUUCGUAUAACAAAUAAUAUCAGCAAGGAUGCAAGUAUUAAUCCAGCAUUUUUAAAGGAAUUCCAAAGGCAACAAAGUGUUGGACUCCCUUCCUUAAGCUUGGAGAAUAAUGGAGGACCAUCCAUAAUUCCUGUCUUUAAAAAAGGGAAAGAGCACAGACAAAAAUCAAAACCUAAAAUACAACCAAGAGAUUCCUUGACUUUAAUUCCUCCUGCAACUAACUUCAUGGGACUCCUUCAAGCAUCAAAAAAGACCACUGUUUCUCAGAAUCCUUUUUCAUUUUCAACCACAAUUUCAACAGAUAUCGUAAAAGUAUCAAGACCAAGAAUAGUGUUUUUGAACCAACUUGGGAAAAAUGCACAGAAAACUAACCUAGAGCCUGCAGAAAGUCAAUAAAAAGUUAUUUCAGUCUGAGAGGAUUCCUGAGCAAUCUUUUAAAAUAUAUCUUUAAUUGUGGUAAAAUACACAUAACUGAGUUAUCUUUUUUGCGUGGGA